GUGUCCGUUUGUCUUUAUUACUACAGACCGACUCAGAUUCAGUCUGAGGCCGGUAACAUCAACAGUGAAGACAAACCAAUCAUGUCACUCUCCUUCCACACUGAGUCCAAACCUACAGUCACUGGGUCCUGAUUGUGACAGUGGAGCCCAGUUUGCUCUGCAGGAUCCAGAGAUGGCAUCAGUGAAGCUGGAAGACUGCAGUCAAACACUGGAGCUGAAUGUCAACAUUAAAGAUGAAGAAGAAGAAGAGGAGGAGAACAUUAGGACAACUGUUAGUCAUGGAUACCAUGUUGAGACAUUCUCUACACUCAGAGAUCAACAGCAGGAAGAUCACAGAGCUAAGAGGUCUCAUCACUGCCCACAUUGUGAAGAGAUUUUCCCAUUUCUAUCAAAGCUAAAAAUACACCUAAAAAUACACACAGGAGAGAAGCCUUACUCCUGCUCUGACUGUGGGGUGAGUUUCUCUCGACUGGAUACCUUAAAAACACACCAACGUAUACAUACGGGAGAGAAGCCUUACUCCUGCUCUGACUGUGGGGAGAGAUUCUCUCAAAAGACGAACUUAAAAGCACACCAACAAAUACAUACAGGAGAGAAGCCUUACUCCUGCUCUGACUGUGGAAAAAGUUUCUCCCGAUCGGAUAACUUAAAAUCACAUGAACGUAUACAUACAGGAGAGAUGCCAUACUCCUGCUCUGACUGUGGAAAAUUCUUCAAAACAUCAACUGUGCUAACUGUUCAUCAGAAAGCACACACAAUAGAGAAGCCUUACUUCUGCUCUGACUGUGUAAAGUGCUUCAAAACAUCAACUGAGCUAAAAGUUCAUCAGAGAACACAUACAGGAGAAAAGCCUUACUCCUGUUCUGAAUGUGCAAAAUGCUUCAAAACAUCAACGGUGCUAAAACUUCACCAGAGAACACACACAGGAGAGAAGCCUUUCAUCUGCUCUGACUGUGGGGUGAGUUUCUCUCGACUGGAUACCUUAAAAACACACCAACGUAUCCAUACAGGAGAAAAGCCUUACUACUGCCCUGACUGUGGGGAGAGAUUCUCUCAAAAGACCAACUUAAAAGCACACCAACUAAUACAUACAGGAGAGAAGCCUUACUCCUGCUCUGAUUGUGGGAAAAGUUUCUCCCUAUCGGGUACCUUGAAAUCACAUGAACGUAUACAUACAGGAGAGAAACCUUACUACUGCUCUUCCUGUGGAAAACGUUUCUCCCGAUCGGGUACCUUGAAAUCACAUGAACUUAUACAUACAGGAGAGAAGCCUUACUCCUGCUCUGAAUGUGUAAAAUGCUUCAAAACAUCAACUGAGCUAAAAGUACAUCAGAGAACACACACAGGAGAGAAGCAUUACUACUGCUCUGACUGUGUAAAAUGCUUCAAAACAUCAACUGAGCUAAAAGUUCACCAGAGAACACACACAGGAGAGAAGCCUUACUUCUGCUCUGACUGUGGGAAGAGUUUCUCUCACCAGAGCAACUUAAAAACACACCAACGUAUACAUUAACUUCAUUUGGGUACCUGGGACGGUUGCGUCCCACCUGGUCAACAUCCGGUGAAAUUGCAGAGUGACAAAUUCAAAUUGAAUUACUAUAAAUAUUUACAUUUCAUGAAAUCACAAGUGUAAUACAUCAAAAUAAAGCUUAACUUGUUGUUAAUCUAGCCGCCAUGUCAGAUUUCAAAAAGGCUUUAAGGCGAAAGCAAACCAUGCAAUUAUCUGAGGACGGCGCUCAGCACACACAACAUUACAUACAGUUACCAGCCAAGUAGACUAGUCACAAAAGUCAGAAAUAUCAUGAUCUUCAUAUGGUUGCACUCACAAGACUCCCAGUUACACAAUAAAUGUUCAUUUUUUUUCGAUAAAGUCCCUCUUUAUAUCUUGAAACCUCCAUUUUGUUGGCACAUUUUGUUCUGUAAUCCAAUGGCUCAAAUGCGGUCACAAGAGGCAGACAAAUUCCAAAUAGUAUCCGUAAAGUUUGUAGAAACAUGUAAAACAAUGUUUAUAAUCAAUCCUCAGGUUGUUUUUAGCUUAAAUAAUCAAUAUUUCAACUGGCAACAGCGUCGUCAAUAUAAAAGGAAAACAAGAAAGGUGCACUCUGCAGGACCCAGCUCUGGGGACAUCCCACUAUCCACUGACUCAAUGUGGUCAUUCUCCCUCAUUUUUCAGAAUACAAGCCUGAAAUAAUGUCUAAAGACUGUUCAUAACUAGUGGAAGCCAUAGGGAACAGAAUCUGGGUCCGUUCCCUUUAAAUGGUGGUUAGGCUUUCAUUGGAAAAACAGCCAUUUCUAAAUAAUGGCACUUCCUCAAUGGAUUUUCCUCAUGUUUUUGCCUGCCUUUUCAGUUCUGUUAUUCUCACAGACAAUAUUUUAACAGUUUUUAGAAACUUUGGAGUGUUGUCUUUCCAAUUCUACUAAUUGUAUGCAUUUCCUAGCUUCUGGUCCUGAGUAGCAGGCAGUUUACUUUGGGAACGCUUUUAAUCCGGAGGGGAAAAUAGUGACCCCUACCCUAGUGAGGUCAAGGAGAAAAGCCUCAUCGGUUCUCUGACCAGCUAAGAAUAAAGUCACUCCAUCACUUAAUUCUUAUCUCAUAAAAGAAGUUGUAAUUGGAUCAAAUGAAGAAAGUGUAGAACACUGUAAUCCUAUUGGUUCUCACUGUGAGAGAACUGUGCAGAGGAAAGGGAGCGUUAUAGAAUGUUAGCCUCUCUUUACUUUACCAAUCAGUGUGCACCUUGUCAGUUUUGGUGUGUUUUGUUGGCUUCUACUGUAAAGAUUUGCACUUGGUGUUGAAUACCCUCUGUUGUUCUUCUCAUUUUGAAAACAAACACUAGUCUGCCAAUUGACUGGGUGGUACUGCUUCCCUCUCAGCCUGGUCUGACUCUGUCUGUAGGGAGAGUUUCAACUGGGUAGCUUAAAAACACACCAACGUUUACACGUAGGAGAUAAGCCUUACUCCUGCUCUGUGGAAGGGUGGGCGUGUAAAUUCAAACGUCAUGCCAAAGGCUGAGUGUUUGAAUCUCAUCAUGGAGGACUUUAGCAUUUUAGCUAAUUACCAACUUGGCAACUACUUACUACUUUUUAGCUAUUACUUAGCAUGUUAGCUACCCUUUCUCCUAAACCCAUUUAACUCUAUCUUAAACCCCUCACCCCUAACCUAGCUAACGUCAGCAACAAGAAAUUGGAAUUCGUAACAUAUCAUACAUAUUACAAGUUCGUAACAUAUUGUAUGAAUAGCAAUGCGUAAAAUAACAUACGAAUUGUAAUUCUUAACAUACGAUACGUCCUGCAAGUCGUAUUAUACUGAACAACAAUCUAAACGUAACAAUUUCAAGCCCAGGACCUCUUCACCUGCAGGAUUGUCUGAGGUGGUGGGGAGGAGGGGCUGAGUAGUAUUUAUAUCUGUAAUCAAGACCUUUUGAGGGGAAAAACUCAUUCUGAUUGGCCGGGCCUGGCUCCCAAGGGGGCCUAUGCCCUCCCAAGUCCCACCCAUGGCUGAGCCCCUGCCCAGUCAUGUGAAAUCCAUACUAAAUGGAGUGGCAUGGAUGUUUUUGUAAUAUAUAAUACGUUUUGCUCUGAGACCAGGUUGUCCCUCUGCAGUAUUCUGUGGGAAGGAGCUAGUGUACACUUUUUUCUUUGAACCUCUAUUAAACUAGGCAAGUCAGUUAAGAACAAAUUCUUAUUUACAAUGAUGGCCUAGGAAGAGUGGGUUAACUGCCUUGUUCAGAGGCAGAACAACAGAACAACAGAUUUUUACCUAGCUCGGGAUUCGAUUUAGCAACCUUCCGCCCCUAACAUGUAUCAGAUAGAGAUACGUGCUUCUACACCUGCAUUGCUUGCUGUUUGGGGUUUUAGGCUGGGUUUUUGUACAGCACUUUGAGAUAUCAGCUGAUGUACGAAGGGCUAUAUA